CCUGAGAUUGUGAUUGCCACGCCAGGACGGCUCUGGGAGCUUGUUAAAGAAAAGCACCCUCAUUUAAGCAACCUUCGGCAGCUCAGGUGCCUGGUAGUGGAUGAGGCAGACCGGAUGGUUGAGAAAGGCCAUUAUGCUGAGUUGUCACAGCUGCUGGAGAUGCUGAAUGACUCCCAGUACAACCCAAAGAGACAGACACUUGUUUUUUCUGCUACCCUGACCCUGGUACAUCAAGUUCCUGCUCGACUUCUUCAUAAGAAGCAUGUUAAAAAAAUGGACAAAACUGCCAAACUUGACCUCCUCAUGCAGAAGAUUGGCAUGAGGGGCAAGCCUAAAGUCAUUGAUCUCACAAGGAAUGAGGGCACAGUAGAGUCGCUGACAGAGACCAAGAUCCAUUGUGAGACAGAGGAGAAAGACUUUUACCUGUAUUACUUCCUGAUGCAGUACCCAGGCCGCAGUUUAGUGUUUGCCAACAGCAUCUCCUGCAUCAAACGCCUCUCCGGACUCCUCAAAGUCCUAGAUAUCAUGCCGUUGACGCUCCAUGCCUGCAUGCACCAGAAGCAGAGGCUCAGGAACCUGGAGCAGUUUGCCCGACUCGAAGAUUGUGUUCUCUUGGCAACGGAUGUGGCAGCCCGAGGUCUGGAUAUUCCUAAAGUGCAGCAUGUCAUCCAUUACCAGGUCCCUCGAACCUCGGAGAUUUACAUCCACCGAAGUGGUCGGACUGCUCGUGCCACCAGUGAAGGCCUCAGCCUGAUGCUCAUUGGGCCUUACCGGAACUUCCAGGCUUGUCUGCAUAACUCUUGGAUUGAGCAGGCAGCAGCUGCCCUCGAGAUUGAACUAGAAGAAGAUAUGUAUAAAGGAGGAAAAGUAGACCAGCAAGAAGAGCGUCGGCGACAGAAGCAGAUGAAGGUCCUGAAGAGAGAGCUGCACCAUCUGCUUUCCCAGCCAUUGUUCAAGGACCACCUCAAAACCAGGUACCCCACUCAGUCCGGCAGGCCUCCUCUGCCCAUGGCUGCCCCGAAGAAUGGCGAGUCUGCAUUGAGCUGCCUCUCCAGACAGAAGAAGAAACCCAGACGACAGCAGCAGCAGGGACCACCGCAGCCAAGUACAAGUGCACUGUGAUGGCUGCAGUCAGCUGCAGUGGCGCCUGCACGGUACUGUCAGUUCUCUGCUGAUCUGUGAAUCUCUCACUCCACCACUCUCAUUAAGAAAAUCUGCUCUUCCACCCUGUAGCAGGAGAGACCCCAUGCAGAUUUGUGUUGUGCAGUAAGAAUUCUAUGCAGUACCUUCCUCUUUGUAUUCCAGAGUUUGCAGGCUUCUUGUGUGUUCAGCUUGUUCUCUUGAAUUAAAAACAAUGGUCA